GCUUAAAAUAGAAAGGAAAUGUUAUUCUUUUGAUCUAGAACGAACAUUUUAUAGUAAAAGAUAAAUUUCUGAUUCUAUUAGAAUCUUGUGUUCUUUUUGCUACUUAUUCAUUAUGUCGGAGACCAAGGAACAAUCUAGCAAGAACUCAAACUCUGUUAAGGGGGCUUUUUGGAAGAAAUGGGUAAUGAUCAGUGUUGUUGUAUUUUCUUUUAUUACCCUUUAUACAUACAGAAGUAACAUAAAGUUUGCUAUAGAUCGUGUAAAUGUGAACUAUAACAAUUCACAUCCAAACUAUUACAAUAAGUUGGAUAGAACGGUUUCACUUGACGAAUGGUUAACCACUACCGAGGUUGUAGAUGGAACUCAAAUAACAGGUGUUGUAAAGAGAGAUAGCACGACAACCGACAAGACAACGGACAAGACCACAGACAAGACUACUGCUAAGACUACAGACAAGACUACUGCUAAGACUACAGACAAGACUACAGACAAGACCACAGACAAAAAGACUUCAUCUUCAAGUAAAAGCUCUUCGUCGUCUUCAUCUUCAUCCUCUUCCAAGUCAUCAUCAUCGUCUUCAUCUUCAUCCUCCUCAUCAUCGUCUACAUCUACUUCAUCAAGUUCUACUUCUACAUCACUGUCGAACUCUACAACCCCCGUUUACGACGAACCAGGUAUUAGAUUUGUAUUCGUAUUGGCUGGUGUUGUACUUCUCAACAUGAUUGCAAUUGUGAUACAUCAUAUUUUCCAAAAACUUAGUCCACUGGGUCAAGAAUAUAGAAAUGUUGAUCAAGAUAUUUCUCCAUUCUAAUUAAAGAAUUAACGUUUAAAAGUACAUAUAAAAUCAUAUAAGUAUAUACAUACACUC